AUGUUGGAAAACGGCAGGAAGGUGUUCAAGGAAGGUGUGCUGGAGAAGAGGAGUGAUGGCCUUCUGCAGCUGUGGAAGAAGAAGCUGUGCGUCCUGACCGAGGACGGCGUGCUGCUGCUGCCGCCCAAGCAGCACGAUCACCAGCCGCAGCAGCAGCCGCCUCAGCCGCACCAUCGCGGGGAAGAUGCUGGCAAAGUCAAGGAGCUGCACUUCGCCAACAUGAAGACGGUGGACUGCGUGGAGCGCAAGGGCAAGUACGUCUACUUCACGGUGGUUAUGUCCGAGGGGAAGGAGAUCGACUUCAGGUGCCCGCAGGACGAGGGCUGGAACGCAGAGAUAACCCUCCAGAUGGUCCAGUAUAAAAACCGUCAAGCCAUUCUGGCUGUCAAGUCCACCCGGCAGAAGCAGCAGCUGCUCGUCGUCCACAUGCCCGGACAGAGCCACAAGACGCUGCGGAGCUCGCCGAACGUGGCGUGA